AUGAAGGUCGCCCUGAGGAGUGCGCUGGGAAAUGCCACACAUCAAACACAGUUCUCCCAAUUCCAGACGAAACAAGAGCCAGGGUUGGAAAGAGAGCCUGCAGCCAUAAGAAUUGGGAUCUGGACGAGGAUGAUGCGGAAUGGAAAUUCUUAUGAGGACUUUGUCUUGGUGGGCUUCUCUGCUCAGCCCCAGUUAGAGAAGAUCCUCUUCGUGGUUGUCUUGAUCUUCUACCUCCUAACCUCCCUCGUGUACUUCUGCUUCACCACAAGCUUUGCCCCCCAGCUUCUGUGGAACCUCAAGGAGCCCUCCAAGACCAUCACCGUGGUCAGUAGUGUGGUCCAGCUUUACGUCUCCCUGGCCCUGGUGUCGACAGAGUGCAUCCUUCUGGCCAUCAUGGCCUCAGACUGUUACUCUGCCGUCUGCCUACCCCUUCACUACACCACCGUCAUGCACUCACGACUGUGCCGGGCCCUGGUGGCCUUAGCUAGUGAGAUCCAGCUCUUCGUAGGCACUUUGGUCCUGAUUCUGCUGCCGUUGAGCCUGAUCAUGGUGUCCUAUGGGUCCAUUGUCCGGGUCAUGCUGAGGAUCAAGUCUCCCCAGGUCUGGAGGAAGACCCUGGGCACGUGCGGGUCCCACUUCCUGGUGAUCACUCUCUUCUAUGGGUCAAUCUUGGUGGUCCACAUCUGGCCCAACAGCUCCUUCUCUGGGACUUCGUACAAGUUUCUGACCCUCUUCAACACAGCGAUCCUUAGCUCGAUGUGGGCAUCGGCCAUCAACAGCACGUCUGCUCCCAAGGAGCUGACACUCUAA